AUGAUACAUAGGGAUGACUCUUCGUCUUCAUCUUCGACCUCAUCAUCAACAAUCAAACAACAUAUUGCAUUGAAAGAAGAGAUUGGAAAGUUGGAGAAUGGUCUACAACAUAUAUUGAGAGAACUACAGAGUCUAAGACAACAUGUUGGUGAUAUGGAACAACAACAUCGUCAUCAACAACAACACAAGCCACAACAACAAUCAUAUAUCUCGCCAAACACUCAGUCACCAAGACCCCUGUCAAUGAUCCUGAGUAAUGGUGACUCCACAUGUUCAUCGGCCGCCUCCAGCUCGUCAUCAUCGGCCAACAACUUCUCGCUGUCUGGUCUGCGCCUGAGCAACUCGCACUCGCUCAAUGAGAUCGACUUUGCCGUCCACAAGCGAAAAAGUAUGCCCAGGCUACACAUUCCCAACAGCUACAACUCGUCCAGUAGUAGUCCGACCAUGGUCAAGCGUUGGAUCGAGGAGACGAUCAAGUCGCCAAACGUGUCCACGCUGACCACACAGUCCACCAACACUGCCUCACUCGCAACGACCAGCAGCAAGAAGAUAAAGUUGGAUGUCGGUGGCAAGAUAUUCGCGACCACCGUGUCGACGCUGACCAAGCAUCCCGACUCCAUGCUGGCAGCCAUGUUCUCCUCUCGAUUCGAACUGCCCACGGAUGACGACGGAAGGAUCUUCAUUGAUCGCGAUGGAAAACUGUUUGGCCACAUCCUCGCAUAUCUACGCGAUGGUCCUCUGUGGGUGCCGCCUGGAAACCAGGAGCUGAGGAAGCGACUGGAAAUAGAGUUCUCCUAUUAUGGCCUUACAGGUCCGUUGGCCCCUCUCGGUCUCAGCAGCCCGAUGAUCACGCCUCGUUGUGUAUGCGAUGUCAAGAACUUCACGUUGGGCCAGGAGGCCCAUCAUCAAGGCCAUUGGGAGGAGAUCAAGGACUUCUCUGGCGGCAUCAAGUCCUUCAGACUACUCUGUGCACUGGACUCUCGUAUCUAUGCCAUCACUGAGCGUCAGUCGCCCUCAUCGAGCGCCACGCAAUUCCAGUUCGAGGAGUACAACCCAGUGUACAACAGCUGGACGGUCAAGUGUCCAAUCCUCGACACAAUGACCUCUUACUACCUCGUGUCGGCAGUAAUCGGCGACUGUAUAUACGCCAUCCCCGAUGCAGGACUCAAACAACCGAUCUUCUGCUACGAGCGCUCUGAAGCGCGCUGGAAAAUGACAGACUCUCAGCUACCCACUGGCAAGACAUCCUUCAGCUUGGCAGUGAUCGAUGAGUAUCUCUACGUCAUUGGCGGUUACCAAGGCUCUACGGCCACAGACAUUGUCGACAGGUAUCACCCGAGGACCAACUCAUGGUGCCAAGUUGCGCCUAUGAACACCAAGCGAAGCGAGUUCGCAUCAGUCGUCCUGGAUGACAUGAUCUAUGUGAUUGGCGGAGGCAUGCCAGGCGCGUCAACAGCCGAGCGUUACAACCCACACUCCAACACAUGGUCUCUGAUUAGCAACCCCAACAGCCGAUGCGCAAUAUCAACGGGUGCAGUGCUCGAUGGCAGGAUCUACACUAUUGGCUCAGAGAAUGAGUAUGAAGGUCUCAACGUCGUGCUGCAGUUCAGUCCGUCCAGCAACGAAUGGAAGCGUGUGGCGCCCAUCAUAUACAACUCCUACUACACCACAUCGGUGCUGGUCAUUGACCGGUACCUAUUCUUCAUCCCCUGGACGCUCGGAGUAGCCUCGUCCGGUGUGAAGCGAUUCGAAACAUGUACAAUAUAUGAUAUGUGA